AUGUUUUUAGCUCACGUGCUGAGGAGCAGCUGCGUGUGUGUGUGCGCAUGCGUGAGGAGCAUCUCCACGUCUCGGGAUCCCACAGAGAUCAGUGAUGCUGUACUCACACUCUCGCGUUACCUGGAGGACGGCGCUGCCUCGGUUGAGGACAGGAGCGAGUUCAGCGCUCAUUACACACACGUCCUGCAGGCGCUCACCAGCACACUCAAGUCUGAUUGGUUCAGCAGUCUGGGGGAGGAGAAGCGCAGGGAAUUGUGGGACGUGUUCUUCCUCCGAGGUCCACCAGACCAGGCACUGCUGGUGUUACUGGACUCCAUCAGCUCUCAGAGUGAAAGUUCAGCUCUGGAGAGGUGUGUGAGUGUGUUGGAGGAGUUCCUCCAUGUAGGACGUGUUGGUGUGCUGUUGUGGUCUCGGUGCUUGGACACAGACUCACGUUGUGACUCCGCCCACCUCCGCGAGGUCGUGUUAACGCGAGUGGCGUCUCUGCCCGCUCUCGCCGCUAACCGUCUCGGCACACGUGCACCGUCUGCGCUCACCGAGGAGCAGUACUACACACACCUCACCCUUCACCUCAUACACACACUGGAGAGGAUCUGCAGCGCUCUCAGAGCGGGACAGGACUGCUCUGUAGUGUUUGUGGCUCAGCUGUUGGGGAAAGUGUGUAUGCAGGGACAUGGAGAGUUGGUGUUUAAGACCCUGGCCCCUCAUCUCUCCUCUCUCACACACUCGGAUGCUCUGUGGAGGCGUGUGAGCUGCAAACUGCUAGAGAACGUCCCAGAACGAUGGGUGGAAAGCGUCAUUACACCACUCAUACACAACCUGUGUGGGUCAUCAGCAUUGUCGAGGGUUAUGGGGAAUCUUGUGUUAAAGAAUAAGAAAGUUCAAUUUCUUCUCACUCACAAACUCCUGCUUCUGCAGUAUCAUCACUCGGUGCAGGUGUUGAGGAGUGUAUUUGGGUAUCUGGCGAUGGAUAAGGAGCGAAGGCCUCUUCUUAAACAGGUGUUGUGUAGUGUGUGUCAGGUGUGGUGUAACAGCAGUGCAGUGAGACACACUACAGUGGAGCAGCAGCUGUACGUCAGUAAAUCCUUGCUGCUGUGUUUGUGUCUCCUUCAUCACGACGAGAUCCCUGAGAUACGGGAAGACUUGUUGCAGUGCAUGCUGGGAGGAGUGCAGUGUCGUCUAGACAGCGGUGUGGAGCGUGUGCGGAGGAUGGGGAUGGUGGUGGGGGAGUGUAUCAGUCGGAGAUUAGACACGUCCACUUCACAGCUUAAAUUCCAGUACAAGGCAGAUGAGGAGAGCAGAGAGUUGCAGUCUCUAAUGGAGCCUCAGAGUGAGGAAGAUGAAGAACUUCCACCAGCUGAAACUACACACAUACCUCAGACAAAAUGUGAAAGUUCAUCAGGACAGAUGGUGACAUCACAACAUCCCGUGACCAAUCAGACAUCAGGACCAGGAAGUGAUUCUGAGCUUGACAGUGAUGAUGAUCUAACUCCAUAUGACAUGUCUGCUGAUCAGGUGAAGCGGAAGGUGACUGCUCCCCGCUAUGUCAGAGACUGUCUAGAAGCCCUGAUGACGUCUGAUGACCCGGAGAGGGUGGAGUCGAGUCUACAAGCAGCAGACGGGCUUCUGAGGAGGAACAUCAGCACCACACGAGAGGUGAGUGUGCAGUUCAGUAAAGUGCUGUUACACCUGGAGGACAGGUACAACAUCACAGGCUUCUACACUCUCCGACAGAACGCCAUGGUGUCCCUCGUUGUCACAGACACACAACCGGUUGUGAAAUAUCUGACUACCGAGUUUUACUCUCUGAACUACAGCCUGAGGCAGAGGCUCGACAUCCUUGAGGUUCUCGCUGCCUCUGCCCAGGAGUUGUCUGAACCAAUCACACAGAAGGGGGUGCCAUCACAGUCAGUUACCAAAGUGACACCUCUGGACAGGUGUGGCGAGCUGGAGCAUUGGCGUGACAUUGUGGACAAACGCAUUCAGAGUAAGACACGGCGCAUCAGUAAGGGUGUGUCACAGCCGCAUAAAUCCACCCCAAACCGCUACUCUCCUGUUGCUGGCUACUUCUUCUUUCCUUUGCUAAGAAACUACGACAGACCACAGGUGACCUUUGACCUUUUGGGCAGUGACCACCUGGUGCUGGGAAGACUGGUGCACACACUCGGACUGCUAAUGCACCUGGCCAUCAAUGCUCCAGUGGCAACACAGAUGGGCAAAGCUUUACUGGAUUUUGUCUGGGUGCUGCGUUUCCAUGCAGACCAGAUGGUGAGGAGAGGUGUGCUGUUCUCAGUGUGUGCUGUACUUUUGAGCAUGCCCAGUGAAAUUCUGCUGCUGGAGCUCAGUGAUGAUCUAGUAGAGACCAGGUCCUGGCUCGUAGAUGUAGCAGAGACUGACACUGAUGCAGACUGCAGGAGUUUGGCUGUACAGUGUUUAUUGCUGUUGGAGAAGAGCCUCAAAACUCACCUGCAGAACCCCAUGCUGAAAACCUGAGUGUGUGUGUGUGUCGAGGGGGUUAGAGAGUGAUGAGCCUUCAUUGUGCAGAAGAAACCAGCACUCCACUGAAUAAGCCCUGCACUGUGUCUGUGUAAAAGAGAGAGAAACUGUUCAGUAAAUUACUUUUGUAUAAAUAUUAA